UUAUGUUCUGCUAGCCAUUCAUUAGAUUUCCAUUUUUGUUUACCCUGCAUUUCUUUUUUUAGGUAAGAAAAGACUCUGAAUGAAGGAUUUAAUACAUCAACAACAUUGGGCAGAAAAAUGGCUGCUCGUAAGCUGAAAUUUAAACCAAAGCCGGUUGUUGGGGGAGCUUUGAGAAGACCAAGAGAAAAAGACGAUGUACCAGAGCUGUCACAACAACCAACUAUCCAGGAACCUACCAAUGCAAAUGUUACCGGUACUUCAAAUCUUGAAUCCAACAACCCUCCAGAGAAUGCAAGUGACGAGGGAAAUGUUGCAAAACGAAAUAAAUUGGAACACUGUGAAAACAUAUUGACUGUAACAGAUGUAGGAAGUGAAAAGUCAGGCCUACCCGAUUCAAAUACCUCAACAGCGGAGUCAAAUGUUGUUAAAAAUUAUGUAAAUGAAACAUCACAAGAAAGUGCAAGUGCUGUUAAUAGUGACAUUUGUACUGCUCUCAAUUUACCAAUAGAGCAAACUGCAAGAGUAAAUAUAGGAAAACAAGGUAGUUCAGAGUCAGUUAUAAAUCUUAGUGUGUGUAGUAGGCCUAGUAAGUUGGUAGAUCCAUCUAAAAAUUCGGCCAGCAAUGAGCCAAGCAGUGAAGCUGGUUUUUUGACGCCUAACUUCGUAGAAGAAUGUGAUGCUGAUUCAAAAUCCGUGAACAAAAAAGUAACAAAGGGUGCACCACGUUUUGGGCGAUCCAAAUUUAAACCAGUCUUGAAUAAUGGUUCUAGGAAGAAAAAUGAGUUGAACCUCGAUCCUGAUACUGACAAAAAUGUGAAAUCAAAUGUUUAUCCAGUUGCUAUCAUUCGAACGUCUGUCAUAAAAUCUGUUGAGUCAGAAACUAAGAAUGUAAAUAUAGUCUCAGAAAUAACUGCUAGCUUUGCCUCUUUGGAAUCAGAUGAAAGUGAAAGUUCUGAAAAUCAAUCACAAACCAAAGAAAAAGAAUUCUGUCCUAACACUUUUCGGUUUUGUGGACCUAGUGUUGCAAAGUCCAAAACAACUACAAGAGAACCUUUUAUAAAUUCCGAUCAAGAGCAACAACCAUCGAGUUCAGAUUUACUUUCAAGACCGGAUCAACCUAACCAAAAUCAAGUAGACCAAACUUUAAAUAAAAGCAACUCCGAUGAGACAAAUAGAACUGACCAAGUUUCGUCACCUACCAAAGUUCCUAUAUCACCACUGAAAUUGUCAUCAAAGGUAUUAGUACCCAAACCUAGCCCUAAUCUUCUGGAUCCAGGAGUGAGAAGAAUUAGUUUUCAAGGUAGUGAUUCAGAAGAUGAUACCAAGAAAAAUUUAUUUCUGCUGAACCAUGCUAAACUGGGAAAAAGAACCAAAAGAGAUAAGGAUGCAAAAAGCACCAAACGUAAGCUGUCCCAAGGUUCAACUUAUUCAAAAUUAGGCCAAGAAGCACUGAUAAAAUUCAAUGAGAAGUUUGGAAAGCCUGAAACUUUGGUGGAUCCUCCAGACAAAGCCAAGUUGACUAUGUUGGACUUGAUAUUUUAUAACCCAAAAUCCAAUCCUAUGUCUGUGAGCACUGAACAAACAAAGGGCCGAAAAAAAGAAGAUAAAGUAGAAAUGAAUUUGAUGGUGGCAGAAGCUGUAGAGGAGGAGAAGGUGGACGAUGUAGAAGAGGAACCUACAACACCUGCAGUUCCAGUACCUCAGCUGAAAGUUGGCCCGGACGGACAAAUCAUGCUUGACCCUCGGAGCUUGGUAAUAGAGACAACAGAAGUCAAAGAAAAGAGGGCUGUAAUGGAAAAAUCGGGAAUCGUUAGAGAAACUGGAAUAACUCGUUACAAUACUUAUAGCAAGAAGAAGCACAUUAGAAAGGAUUGGACGGCUUUAGAAACACUGCAAUUCUACAAGGCUCUCAAUACCAUUGGUUCUGAUUUUUCACUGAUGACCAAACUGUUUCCCAAUCGUACCAGGCAUGAUUUGAAAUUGAAGUUUAAGAAAGAAGAAAAAAUAAAUAUGAAAUUAAUAGAUAGAGCAAUGACUGCUCCUGCGGAUUUUGAUUUUGCCAGUUUACAGAAAGAAUUGCAGGAAGAAAAUGAUGAACUUGCUAGGAUUGCAGAGAAAAAGAAAACAGAUAUUGAGAAUGCUAAGAGGGCACGAGCUAUAAAGAAAGAAGAUAAUGUAAAACCUAGGAAAAAAGAACUCCCAGCAAGAUUGAGAAGAAAAGGUGCUGCUUUCCUGAGUUUUGACGAACCUGAAAUGGACACUAUGAAAACUGUUAAGAAGGCUGUUAAGAAAAGGAAGAAAAGAAAAAGAAAAGUGAAGACUGAAAUGUUAAUAGUGAGCUCAUCUGAUGAAGAAGAUAUCAAUAAUGUUGAUUCAGACGAGUGUGAACUGGCCACAAAUGAAGCGAGGUUGCUAAAAAUGAUUAAAAUGCAGGCAACGGGCGGAGUAAGAAAGUAUAGGCCUAAACACCCGAAGAAACUUAAGGAGUACGAAGAAAUCAACGAAACAUUGAAAACACAGCUUAAAGAUAUAGACUCAGAUAUUAGUGACGACGAGUACACACCGAAUGGGCUGUUUCACAGUCCUGUUAGAGACCCGUUCCCUGAAGAUCAAGAUAAAGACACAAAUCAGUGGAGUAUGGAAGUGACUACUUCUUGUGGUGUUGAAAACAUAUUGCUUUUGAAGAAUGUCCAAGGUGAUCCUAAUCUCUCUGAACUAAGUACUGUGGAACAGAACGAAAGUGCCCAAGAUCUCUCUUCCUCUUUGCCUACAAGUGUGCGAGAAGGGAGGCAAAGUGGACACAAGUCUACAAUUCUAAAUAGACAUUUUAUAUCUGAGAGCAUACAAAUUAUUGACCAAUUGACUGCUAAUGAAAAUUUAAAUGAAAAUAGCGACAACACGUCACACAAGCAAAAUGAAGGACAGUCAAGUAGGCCUAGUCGAGUUGAUGAAGAACCGAGAGAAAGUCUAAUUCCACUUCCAAGUUUUGAGUCGAUGAACCGUUCACAUCGAACUGUGUGUUAUGAUUUGGAAAACCAGUAUGAUUUGGCUCUACAUGGCGGAGAUAAUGUUCACGUUUGUGAAACAAAUAGUUCUUCAACACAGGUAUUAGUUAUAGAAGAGGAUGAGAAUAAUGUAAAUCGAAAAGAGAUCUUCUCACGUCCUUCUGAAGAAGCUAUUCUUGGAAAUUAAUUUUAGAACUAUACCUAUACACUGUGAUAGUAUUUCUAGUUUUUGUUUGUUUAACCAUUACCAUGUAAAUAUCCAUUUUAAUUUCCAUUAUUGUACAGCUUAUAUAAUCAUUUUUUUUGUUUUACUAUUUAAUUGAACCAUUUUUAAUGACACUUUAAAUAGCAGUUAAUUUCUUAUAAUCAUAUACAAAUUUUAAUUAUUUAUUAUAUAGAGAAAGGAUCCGUGUUAUAUGGUGAUAAGGUUAGAGUUUAGACCGCCUCCUAGAAAAAAAGGCAACGCAAUGCUCAAGAACACUCUUAAUUUUGGUAAACCAAUUAGGUCAUUAUUUUAAUUGAUGUAAUGAUGAUUUUAAGUUUUACAAAAAUGUCAACUACUGUAUACCUAAGUUUAUUUUGCAUUAAUAUUUUGCAAGCAGACCGUAACAUGUACUUUUUUACAUCUAUUAUUAUUUUAUUACUUUACAAAUAUACAAACAUCUUUAAAG